UGUGAUGUACUGUAGAGUCCGCCGAGGCGAGAAGUCGUGCGGAUAUAACGGGUUUUCCGUGUUUGUGCGCUUAAAAAUUAAAACGUGUUGUCGGCUCGCUCGUGUGUGGCCCGCCGAACGAAUUCCGAUCGAACGCUGUAUAAUGUAUUAUAAUAGAAUAUUAUAGGUAUGUACACCGAUGAAGCGGAUGUUGUUGUUGUACUACUCCGGCGGGACCGUGUGAUUUUUUUUGACGAAUUUUUACCGUCAAUUUCCUCUUCUUCUGUUCGUCCGAUAACACGCGGAAGUGAAUCAGAACCGCGGUGUACGCGCUCGCAAUAAUAUAUAACGUCCGUUUACGUCAUAAUCUACGAUCUGGGGCGGGCGGGUAAGCUGCGGAGGGAUAUAGGGUUGUUUUAUUUACUCCCGCGCUUCGACUGCGCGUACACGCCGAAUCCCACGCAAUUACGUCACGAGCGCGCACUUGUGUGUGUGUGUGUGUGGUGUAGUGUAACGCACCAACGAAAACGCCCGCGACACACUGACAUCGUUGUUGCGGGCGCGCGUCGUCGUCGUCCUGCAACAGAGCGUCGAGCACCAGUGUAAUAGUUGACAUCGCGCGCCGUUGUGCAAUAAUAUUAUUGUCGCCGCCUCUUCAAAAACCUCUUCACUUCCAUAGCAGCAGCUAAAUCCUCCACCACCGCCGCGUUCCAUCACCAACCGCAGCAGCAAAUCGUCGUCAUGCCGCCACCUCCGACCAUGCAGACGACCACGCCACCGACACCGUCGACUCAGGCCACCCAGACGUCCCAGGUGGUGCAAGUUAACGGUGGUAGUCAGUCUUUGACCGCCAAAAACAUGAUGCCAGUGACGAAACGCAAUCCAAAAGAUUACAUUUUCGGAAAGGUCAUCGGCGAGGGCAGUUACUCGACUGUGUAUUUGGCCAAAGACAUACAUACAAAUCGCGAACAUGCAAUUAAAGUAUGUGAAAAACAACAAAUCAUCAGAGAAAAGAAACGCGAACAAGUACGACGCGAAAAGGAUGCCCUUAAUAUUCUCAGCAAUUCCGGAUCCAGUCUUUUCGUCAAGUUGUACUGCACGUUCCAAGACGCUGAACGACUCUACUUUGUUAUGUCAUACGCAAAGAACGGUGACUUGCUACCUUACAUCAACAAAGUGGGUUCAUUCGACGCUGCUUGCACGCGAUUUUACUCGGGUGAAAUCCUUCGCGCUCUGGAGCACUUGCAUGAUUUGAACAUUAUGCAUAGGGACCUGAAGCCAGAAAACAUUUUGCUUGACCACAAUAUGCACAUCAAGGUGGCUGAUUUCGGAUGUUCAAAGAUACUCGAACAACCCGCCGAUACUGUGGACAAAACUAUCUUGGACGAAAGUAACCCUCGACCUAGGUCUAACAGUUUCGUUGGAACUGCCCAAUAUGUCAGUCCCGAACUAUUGACCGAGAAAACAAUUUCGCCCAGUUCUGAUCUUUGGGCUCUCGGCUGCAUUAUCUACCAAAUGAUUGCCGGCUUACCUCCCUUUAGAUCUAGGAGUGAAUAUAUGUUGUUUAAGAAAAUUCUGAACCUCGACUAUGUGUAUCCGGAUGGAUUCAAUGCUGACGCCAAAGAUCUGGUGCAAAAACUGUUAGUGCUUGAUCCAAACGAGCGAUUGGGCACCAAAGAUGACCAACGGUAUACUUCCAUCCGCUCACAUCCGUUCUACAAAGGCUUGGAUUUUGACACGUUGCAUGUUACAACUCCACCACCUAUAUACCCCUACCUACCCGGCAAUAGCGAAGGCCAAGAGCUUCGUAGCCAAUAUCGAGUUCCUGAUCAUUUGGAACCGGGCCUAGAUGACAAACAACUGACCAGGUUACUGGGUCUGGACGGCCAAAGCAGUUCCACGACCACUCCUGCACCUGUACCUAGACCCCGCAAACGGUCAGGCAUCCUUCAUAUGAAUGAUGAAGAAAAACAACACCAACUACACCAGCAAAAGUGUAAUAGUAAAUGGCAUAGUCUAGUAGAAGGAAAUCUGAUCGUUAAACAAGGACUGGUCGACAAGCGAAAAGGUCUUUUUGCUAGGAGGCGUAUGUUGAUGUUAACGAUGGGUCCACAUUUGUAUUAUGCUGAUCCAGUAAAUAUGACUUUAAAAGGAGAAAUACCUUGGAGUCCACAAUUGCGUGUGGAACCUAAAAACUUCAGGAUAUUUUUCGUUCACACGCCUAACAGGACUUAUUACCUAGAAGAUCCUGAAGGUUUUGCGUUGGAAUGGUGUAAAGCAAUUGAAGAAAUGAGAGUUAACACAUACGGUGUAUCUCCUACGACGUGCACUUAACAAAACUGUUAUUAAUAUGACUGUCUUUUAGUAUAAUUUUGACAUACACUAUAAUUCUUUAAAUUAAAAAAAAAAUGUUUUUUGAUUACAAUAAUUAUUUAAUUUUUAGUUUAUAAUAAUAUAUUGCAGUAUUUUGUUUUAAUUAAAAUGAUCUGCAAACAUAUCUGUGAUAUUAAAUUUUAAUUUUAAAUAAAUUGUAACUUAGCGUGAAACAAUGAGAUUGUAUGUAUAGUAAUUAUAAUGAUUAAGAUUAAGUAAUUUAUUAAUUAAUUAUAUUACAUAAAAACGGCUGGUAACACUGCCCCUUGCCCUUGGAACAGGCUGUGCUUGAUCGAUAAAUAUCUUUAUAGUAAUAAUUUAUUUUAAAUAUUUUUUUCUUUCUCAAAAUGAAUUGGUUGUGCUUUUUAAAUUUAUUCAUUUGUUUAUUUCAGUUUUCUGCGUUUCAGUUAUUAUUAUUAUUUGAGAUUUAUCUUUUAUUAUAUACAUUUUCAUAACAAAUGUUAAAUAAUGAUUUUAAAUUCUUUAUAACUUAGUUAAACUAUUCUCUUUUAAUGCAUUUUAAUAUUAAAAAAAAAAAUCAAGUUACACAAAUAAAUCCACACCAUUUGUACUACUAUUGUUGAGAAAGAAAAAGUACUAAAAUUUUAUAAUUUAUUUUAUUAUUUUGUAUUUAUUUAUUCUAGCCUUAUGUUGUAUAAUUAACCCAUACUCUCGUCCUCUAUGGUAUAAUGUUUGUAGAAACUUAUCUUGUUAUAUUUUUUGUGAACACUCACUAUUUUAAACACCUUUUAUUUGCAUGCAUGCAGUAUUUACUGUGAUAUAUUUAUUGUACGUAUUCAAAUUGAAAAGUAAAAAUGAUACUUGAAAUUAGAUGAAGAUUAAUUUUAGUUAAUUUUUUUAAAUAAUUGAUUUAACUAAUCGAAUUAGUUCCUAAAAUAAAUUGUUGAUUAAAAUACAUUUACAUAGAGCCAAAAUAUAGUUCUUUUUAUUAAAUAGCAUAUUAUUAUUAUAUACAGCAGGACACUUAUAUCCAAUGUUAAGUUAAUGUUUUAACUGAAAUGUCCAAUAAAUCCUUAUUAAAAUAAAUAGUAAAAUUGUGUAUGAUAAUUAUAAUUUCUUUAAUUAAUUUUUUUUCUGUAAAUUAAAUCAUAGUUAUAUAUGUAUUAUGUUGUAUACAACACUAUAAAUUGUUUUAUGUAAAAGUGUGCGUGUGUUUGUGUGCAUAAGUGUGCGUGUAUAUAUGUAUAACUAUGCGUUUAAAGACGAUUAAAAAAAAAAAAAUUAUAAAUGAAUAACAAGUUACAUUAGUAAAACCGGUGUGUUCAUUAUGCAAUAACCUAUUUUACCGAUACUUGAUAUACUACCGAUACGUUCUAAUAUUGUAAUUAGUUUUUUUUUUUUUUUUUAUAUUAGCUAAUAUUGAAAUUUGAUUUUGUCUUAUUUCUACAUGCUGUGUAAAAUGGUGUUGUUCUUUAGUCUGUAAGGCCCUGGAUAAGCGUAUUCGUCGCGCGCCUUGGCGAAAAGUUGUUUGAAGUUACCCAUCUUUUGAAUGAAUUAAGUUUAAAUUAAUAACGUAAUUAGUAUAAUAUUGUAUAAGGUAAUAUAAUUGACUAGGAAAAAUGAUUAAAUAAAUUAUAUGAAAUUUGAAAAUAUUACAA